AUGUGGACUACUAUCAUUAUCUUCCUCCUGCCAGUGGCCCUCGCCGCCGACCAGAGCUUCUUCUUCUUUAUCAACCAGACCGAAACCCUUUUCUCCGGCAUCUCCGCACAAUGCAAUCUAGCCCUGUCUGUUCCUAUCCCAGAGUGUCCGCAGGAGCUGCUCAACCUCCUCGGCAGUAGCGAGUUCUACACUGUUCAGAAUGAGACCAUGAUGGACAUCCUCUGCCGAGAGCCAUGCCCGCCGGCUCUUGAAACCUACCGGUCGAACGUGCAAGAGGCCUGUGCCAACGAUCCACAGCCCCGAGCUGGCUACCCGGCCACGUAUUGGGCGGAUGCGGUGUCCUCUGUGCAGACGCAAAUGUGCCUCAAGGACUCCACUACGGGCCAAUACUGUACCCAGUUCCUUGAGCAAACGCUGGGCGAUGCAGCCGACCCAACGGACCUGCUAGGAGGGUAUACCACAGAACAGCUGUGCUCAGAGUGUAUCGUCAAUCUUUUCCAGCACCAGCAGUCAACCCCCUACUCCAAUUACGACGUCGAGAUGUCAGAAGCCUGGGCUGAGAUUCAGGCCCGCUGCAACCUCGAGUACCCAACGGCCACACCGACUCUCGAGACCAAUGUGACAAGCCUAGGGAAUUACGCGCCGUCAGGCUAUGCCACAGCUGCCUGCGUCGGCAGCCGCACCUACGAGGUCGUCAGCGGCGACAACUGUGUUGAUAUCUCCAAGGCAAACCACGUGUCAACAGGGUCCCUUAUUACCCUAAACAGUCUGCGCAUGGAUUGCACGAACCUGCUACUUGGCCAAACCCUCUGCCUGCCACCGGAGUGCGACGACUAUGUUGUGCAGAGCGGCGACACCUGUAUUGAUAUCGCUGCCAAGUUCUCAGACGUCUCCUACCAGCAAAUUGUAGCCUGGAAUCCGACGAUCAACCCCUACUGUACGAAUCUCCUGGCCGACCAGAACAUCUGCGUCGGCCCGCCAGGUGGCGUAGCAAACUUCACCACCGUGCCCGGGGCCACGGCCACGCAGACAGAGCUCUACGCCACCGAGACCGCCACCAGACCGUCGCCAGUCGCGGAGGGAACGACUACCAGGUGUGGGAAAUACUACCUCGUGCAGCCAGGCGACUACUGCGAAAUUGUCGCUCUCAACCAAACAGUCUCACUCAACGUCUUCCUAGCCAUGAACCCGCAGAUCGACUCCUCAUGCAGCAACCUCCUCUCAGGAUUCAACUACUGUGUGCAGCCGACGCGCGACUUCAACACAACCACCACAUCGCCCGUCGUCCCGGCGCCAACCUCCACCCCACCGGGUACAACAACCGAGUGCUACGAAUGGUACAUUAUCCAAUCCGGCGACUACUGCGCCAAAGUGACAGACCAGUUCGGAAUCACCUUCGCGCAAUUCCAGGCCUGGAAUCCAGCGGUUGCGGACGACUGCUCGAAUCUCCUUCUUGAUGUCGCGUAUUGCGUCAAUGGUGCUCUUACGGUUGCGUCGACUCCCGCUGCGGCGGUGGCUUCUCGUCGGACUUUAGAUGCGAGAUUGGAACAGGACCGAGAUCUCUCUGGCAUGGUGAGGCCCCGAAGCGGCCCUGUCCAGACUCCAGCGCCGGAGUCCGCUGGCGGUGGUGUGGCGAUAGGUUGGCCUGGGGUGAACUCGCCCAGACUGAGGCAGCAGAUGGGAUUGGGAAUUGAUAUAUCCUAA